AUGAAACCCGUUGAACGGCACACUCUGGACGAUGAAGCCCAGUUGCAGGCACUCGGACACAAAGGCGAGUUGAAGCGCAACUUCAGUCUUUUGUCUAUGCUUGGACUCGCUUUCGCCAUCUUGAACUCGUGGACUGCGCUGUCAUCGUCAAUCGGACUGGCUUUGCCAUCUGGUGGCUCUACAAGCGUCAUCUGGGGACUCGUCACCGCUGGCAUCUGUAACUUGUGUUUGGCCGCAUCGCUGGCCGAGUUCCUGUCAGCGUAUCCUACUGCUGGUGGACAAUACCAUUGGGUUGCCGUCAUUACCCCGCGGAAAUGGGUUCCCCUCGCUUCUUUCAUCACCGGCUGGAUCAACGUAUCCGGAUGGCUCGCCUUGACUACCUCCGGAGGCCUCCUCGCGUCCCAACUCAUAUCCGGUCUCAUCGCGUUGUUCCACCCUGAGUUCACGCUGCACGCAUGGCAGGUCUGGCUGAUUUAUGUCGCUUGGACUCUCAUCGCCUUCGUCAUCAAUGCGUUCAUGAACAACCUCCUCCCCUACGUUAAUCGAGGCGCAUUCAUCUGGUCUAUCGGCGGCUUUGCGAUUGUCUGCAUUACAGCCCUGGCAUGCUCAUCUCCUAACUACGCUUCCGCCGAGUUUGUCUUCACCGAGUUCAUCAACGAGACGGGAUGGCCCGACGGCGUCGCCUGGCUCUUGGGCCUACUCCAGGGCGGUUUCGGACUCACCGGCUACGAUGCUGUCGCGCAUAUGAUUGAAGAGAUUCCGAAUGCGUCAGUCGAGGGCCCAAAGAUCAUGAUCUACUGCGUCUGUAUCGGAACUGUCACCGGCUUCAUCUUCCUCAUGGUCCUGCUAUUCGUGUCCGGCGGCGACGCGGAAGCCAUCAUCUCUGCAGCUCCUGGCCCACUUCUACAAAUCUUGUACAACGCCACAAGCAGCAAAGCUGGAGCCGCAUGCCUCUUAAUGUUCCCAUUGAUCUGCAUUCUCUUCGCGGAGAUUGCCAUCAUGACUACCUCUAGUCGCAUGACAUAUGCAUUCGCUCGAGAUGGUGGCCUUCCAUUCUCCAGGGUUUUCGCCAAGGUACAUCCACGACUCGGCCAACCGCUCAAUGCUCUGAUCCUGGCUGCGACCCUAACCAUCCUGUUUGGAUUGAUCUUGAUCGGGUCCAGUAGCGCUUUCAACGCUCUCAUCUCAUCCUCAGUCGUCGCCUUGGGCGUCAGCUACGCCAUUCCCGUCGCAAUCAACGUCUGCCGCGGCAGAAAGAUGCUUGGACCUAGGGCCUUCGUUCUACCUGGACCAUUGGGCUGGAUCGCCAACUUGAUCGGUAUCGCAUACACAAUCAUCACCACCGUUCUGUUCCUUUUCCCGCCUGAGCUCCCUGUCUCAGCGUCCAGCAUGAACUACUGCGUCGUUGCUUUCGGCAUCAUACUGUUCAUUAGUACCUUUCAAUGGUUCAUCGACGGGCGCAAGAACUUUACUGGACCUCGAGCGGAUGUUGAUCUCGAAAUCUUGGAAGCUAUGCAGAGCAACGAGCCAAAUGGUGCUUCUCUUCAGCAUUCCAAAGUCCCUGGUGACGAUAUCACCAAAUAG